AUGGUUGAGGCGGUCAACGGCGUCAUCCCACGUUGCCGUCUUCUCGGCGCAGAGGUAGAGGCGGUGCUCGCCAAAGAGAAUGCCGAUGGACUCCACCCAGGUGAAGUCGCGGGUCAUGUCGGCGCCUCUCCGACCGAUGAAGUGCUCGUAUAUGUUGAGGUGGGCAUCGGAAACGAGGCAGAAGUCGCGGUCCUUCUUGCCGUGGAAGUAGAAGGUGAUACCGUCCGCUCCGACAAACCUGUGGUUUUGGCAAAUUGCACCCGGAACAUUGCAUCCUGCACCCGCCAAGAAGCAACCAGGUAG